AUGUCUCCUCGAAAUCGAUCCUUAUCAGUCGUUUCUGAUCAUUCUGAUGUUACCAAGAAAACACCAAUGAAACUGUCCAGUCAUAGUGAUGGUAACACUCCAUGUAAAAUAAAUUUGGAAACACCGAGGAAAUCGCCAAGAUUAUGUGCAGCGAUAUAUAAAUCUCGAUUACGCCCGAAACGGAUGUCACAUUUGGGAAAUUGUUCAAAAAAAUUCAAAAUACCGGAAAUACAACACCGGAACAUAGAUAUCGCUUCAUCUGGUUCAAGAAGAAACGAAACAGACGAGCAAGUAAUCAACUUUGCUCAGAUAACGCAAGUGCAGAUUAACAUGCAAAGAAACACAUCUGAUUCUGGUUAUAUGGCUUCGGUCAGCACAUCUCGAGGUGAUUCAUAUGAGGAGAUGGCCAGCACGUCUCGAGGUGAUGCAUAUGAGGAGAUGAAGAGUAUUUGUGAACUUUACAAGAACUUGCGAAAUAUUUCUACAUUUUACGAUUGGCAAUUUCAGUGCUUAAAUAAUGAACAUAUGAUAAAUGGUACAAAUAUGAUUAUAUCAAUGGCCACCGGUGCAGGAAAAACUCUUGUUGCAGAGAUUGUGAUGUUGCGAGAAGUAAUUAUUAGACGGAGAAGUUGCAUCUUUAUUGUACCAUAUGUUGCAAUCGUUCAACAAAAAGUUUAUUCAUUAUCGUUUUUCGAGGGUAAGUGCGAUGUCUAUGUGGAAGAAUAUGCAGCAAACAAAGGUCGUUUACCACCAAUCAAGCGUCGAAAGGGGGGAUCUAUAUAUGUUGCGACCAUUGAAAAAGCAAACAUGUUAAUUAACAGUUUGAUAGAAGUGGAUCGCAUUGACGAAAUUGGAGUUAUAGUGGUGGAUGAAUUGCAUAUGAUAGGAGAAAAUACUCGCGGAGCAAUUAUUGAACAAGUACUAAGAACUGGCCAAAUAAUUGGUAUGUCAGCAACUCUUUCGAAUGUUGAGCAGCUUUCAAAAUUUCUCAAUGCAGCAGUAUUUUCAACGAAAUUUCGCCCUGUUAAACUGAUAGAAAAAGUGAAGAUUGACAACUCAUUGUAUACUAUACAGUCAAAAGGGGAAAUGGAAUUCGAGAUGAAUUUGGGUGAAAAUGUGUGUAUUGCUGUGAUCCAAAAUGGACUGGUACUUUUAUUGCAUGAUAUUGUGCCGAAGCGAUCGGUUCUUAUUUUUUGUCCCACCAAACAAAAUUGUGAAAAUGUCUGUAAAAUGGUUUCACAUCUGAUGCCAAAAUCUGUUCGAGAACGUAAAAAAUCCGAAAAACUAGCUGCAAUAAAAGCUUUGAAAAGUGAAGCAGAUGAAAGACCUUCUUCUUUACUAGAAUUAAGUAUUAUGCGUGGUGUUGCAUAUCAUCAUAGUGGUUUAACAGCCGACGAAAGGAAGAUUAUCGAAGAUGCUUUUCAGGAUGGAAUUAUCAAUAUAAUUUGUUGUACUUCAACUUUGGCAGCGGGAGUUAAUCUUCCGGCUCGACGAAUAAUAAUUAGAGCUCCGUUGGUUGGUAAGGAACCACUGUGUAAAGCGCAAUAUCUCCAAAUGAUCGGUCGCGCUGGUCGAGCAGGUUAUGAUGAUAUGGGAGAAGCAGUGACAAUCAUACAUUCUAGUUAUGAGGAAGGCAAAUUUUUAGACAUGAUCAAUGGACCUUUACCGGGAUGUAAUAGCUCACUAAAUGAGCCAGCAAUGUUUUCAUCGUUCUUGCUCGAUUUGAUCUCAUUGAAGAUUAGUAGUUUUAUAAUAGUACAACGGUUUGAAGAAUUGGAAGUUGUAGUGCAACAAACGCUGUUUGGAAUACAAAAUAGUAAUAGUGAAGAGUUAUUACGAGAAAUGUUGGAAUAUUUAACAAAAAUUGGUUUAGUUAGUGUUAGUGAGGAUGGAAGCUAUUCAGUUUCAGAUUUGGGCAUGGCAGUCUUUUCGGCUUCCUUAUCACCACUGACAGCGCAGCAGAUAUGCACUUUAUUAUCAAAUAAUUUGAGCGAAGGUAUUGUGUUAUCUUCACAUUUUCACCUGUUAUUUAUGAUGGUACCGUUCGAUAUAGAUGUUGAUAUUGAUUGGAAUAUAUUUUAUGAAGAG